AUUUUUCAUGUGGGCUGCGUAAAAGGUUCGGCUAAAGUGUGUUGUCUAAUUGGUUCCGGUUUGCAUGCGCAUGUUGGUUCUAUAUAGACAGGAAUUACCAUUUAACCAAGUGAAUGAAAUAAAACAUCAUCCAAAUGAGUACCUAGUUAUGCCAGGGCAUACUAUCCGAAUAAGGGAGCCUACAUCUUUGGUGCAAUCAAUUACAACUGGGAGGCAGAAAAAACACAUUGAUGCUGAAGAUAAUAUGAUGGCUGGUGACAUGAGUUUAUUUAGUUAUAAUACACAAUAUUCUAUUUACACAGUUAGGAGCAAGGAGAUGUCUGUUUUGCCCAGACCUAAGCUGGCAGCAGAGACUGGAAGUCAAGGAACAGAUUGAAGCUUGUAACAGAGAACACAAACAGCAAUUGUCCUAAGGAAUCAACACCUAGUGUUUAAAGCUGUGUUUGUGUUAAUCCAAGAUAAAUAUAGAUUAACCAAUCAUGCCAAAAUGCAUAGUAAAAGGAUGUACCAAUUAUGGACAAAGAAAAACUAUGUUUCACAAUGUGAUUUUACAUGUAUUUCCAAAAAAUCCUGACAUCAUAAAAACAUGGCUUCAACAGUUUCCAGAGGGUGGUGAUAUUGACACUGUAUGCCAAAAAAUUAUUGCUGGGAAAAAGACGGAUGCCUACAGAAUCUGCUCUGAACAUUUUAGCACAGACUCGUACUGCGUUCAGGGAAAUAGAUGGGUGUUAAGGAAAGAUGCAAUACCUACUAUUUUUCCAGGAAAAGAGUCUGCCUCAUCAAGUGAUACAGCAAAACCGAUCCUAAGUACAAUACCUAGCAUUCAACAAUCUGGCACGUGUGCCAAAGAUGUGCUUUUGUCUCAGUUUCCUUCUGCCUCAAAUUUUCAAAGUCACCCAGCUUUGCUAGUAAGCGCCCCAGUACCGAGCUCAAGUAACCUUACUUGUUUGCCAAUAAUUUCAUCAUUUAUAAAUUCACCCGAAAUAUCCUUUCCUGUCACUACUCCUAAAGCUGUCAAGACUGUUGAUGUUGGAGUAAACACAGAUUUUUUCAUGAAUAAUGAAAAUAAUUGUGGUGCUCAUCAAAAUGUUGGAAUGUUUUCAGCUCUGACUGUAACUGAAGCAAAACACAGCAAGGUUAAAAAUGCUAGUUAUUACCCUGGCAAGUCAAAUAAAACAGCAUUUUCGACUCCAGUUGUGAACACUCAUCAGUCUUUCAAUCCACAUCAACAAUAUACAGUAUCUCAAGAAAGUGUGUCCUCUCCUACUGAUAUUAGUUAUGACAUACCAGAUUGGGAGGAAGAUAAAAAACCUUGUCGAUCGUUACACUCAAAAGAAGAGUUGCCCAUUUUAGAUGGAGAUUGUGACUAUGAAAUGGAUACAUUGGAUACUGAGGGACCUGUAGAAGCUCAAUCAAUCUCUUUAAAUCCAUUUGAGGAUAGCACAUUGUUAGUUUUUGAAUCCUGCCUAGACAUAUUAUUAAUGUCCUCAAGAUGUUUAGGGGGAAAGAAUUGCUCCUCUGCUAUCAAGAGAAUCAAGAAGUAUUAUUCAGGGUCGUUUUUAUCUGUGAGAGCUGUAUGUCACAGUGGUCAUUAUUUUCAUCUGUGGAAUAGCCAACCCAGCAAAGGUCAGCUAGCAUAUGGCAAUGUCCUACUGUCUGCUGCUGCAUUUUUCAGUGAGUCGAGUUUUACCAAAAUAUUUUCGGUAAACAAACUUCUCCAUAUGAAGCAGAUCACAGAAUCUGCUCAUAAUCGUUAUCAGCAGAAUUUUCUGUUUCCCGUAAUUCAUCACCGUUGGAAAAAAGAACAACAACGCUUACAACUUGAAUUUUCCAGAAAAUCCCUGUGCCUGACUGGACACAGUACAUGUAAUAGAAGUGGGCUUUCACCAAAAUAUUGUUUAUAUACUCUAAAGGAAGCCACUACUAAUAAAAUUCUGAAUUUUAAGGUGGAACAUGUUUCUCCAAGUACACCAUCAAUAGCCCUUAAGAAAACUGCAUUUAAAAAGACAUUCGAUGAGAUUGUAGGUAGCAAGUUCUCUGUAGAUAUGAUAUGUACAGAUAGCCACAAGCCAAUUAGUGAGAUGAUUCAGGAGGAGCAUGGUGAAAUAGCACAUCAGGUUGAUGCUUGCCACUUUGCAAAAUCUUUGCGUACCAAACUCGUAAAAGCAAGUCGAAAGAGAAGCUGUACAGAACUGUGUAACUGGAUUGACCCAACUGUGAAUCAUUUUUGGUGGUCCUUAAAAACGUGCGGUGGAAACGUAGAAUUGCUGUUAGAAAAAUGGGCAUCGUUGGUAAACCAUGUUGCCAAUGUUCAUGAAUGGCCAGGCACGACCAAAGUGUAUCACAGUUGCACUCAUAAUCUGACAGAAAUGGCACACGAAAGAAAAUGGCUGCAGAGAGAAUCCACUGCCUUCAAUACGUUCAGAGACAUUGUUUUAUCCAAAAGGAUAAUGAAAGAUCUUUCACGUUUUUGUCAAUUUUUCCAAACAAGACAAAAUAGCUUUAACUGCAGAGAGAUUUUCAGGCACCAUCCAAGACUAUAUCAUGAUUCCUCUGAUGCCAUGGUAGCAAAAACAGCGCUUGCUGCUAUGCGUCAUAAUUUCAUCAUUGAAAAAGAACAAGCACAAUUAAAGACUGAGCUGAGGCACAUAUCUGGAUUUUCAGUGGAAAAUAAAGAAUGCCUAAUAAAUUCUGUCUCCAAGACUACAUCUAAUGAAUUUUUCUUAGAUCUUUUAAAAGAUGUGGACAAAUUUAUCAGUGGUGAGCUUGACAUCCAGGUUAAGUCCUAGUACGUCUUCAGCAGCCUUGCGCUUGUUAUUGGAAAAAAUAAAGGUUAAUGUUGUUUUAAGAAUGCAUGUCCAAAGGCAAAGAUAGAAAACACUGUUGCCUGAAGUUUUGUCAUUCAGAACAAUCAAAAAUGAAAAUCAAUAGCAGAUUUACUCAUGCUCAGAGUUUUUAGCUGAUCUUAUAUACUUCUUUUAAUCCUGUCAUUGCCCAAUAACUGUACAGGACCAGAAGUGAUUCUUAUAAAAGUUUGCAUGUAUAUGAUACCUUGAAGUGGUUACAAACUAACCAUACUAUGGACAAGGGAAAAUUAAACAUUGAACUCUUUACGGUAAUUUGCACAAAAAUCAUAAUUGAUGUGCCAGAUUUCUGAGCAUAUUCAUUUUGCUUUUUAAUAUUCCUACCAUUCCUUUCAUAUAAAGUAAUUUACCAAAACAAA